CAUCACCAACAAAUAAAAGGAUCGGUUCUUCAUUCUUGUCCCCCAGUACGAAAAAUCCAAGACCGCAGCCUCUCUCGCGGGUAUCAUCUCCGGUCCUCCGCAAUCCCAGCCAGAUCUCUCGGCGAGGUGAGGGGAGUUUGGAUCAGCGAUGGCCGGCGUUGAGUGUCAGCCGAAGGUCUCCCCGAGCAAAAGAAAGGCGGAGUCUUUGGCCGGCGAGGAGUGUUCGCUGGAGGAACGUGCCAGCAAAAGGAUCGACUGUUCCGAGGCGGAGAAGGAGCCGGCAGCGCCGGUGGUCGCCGGCGGCGAAGGAGAGGAGGCUCCGGCGAAGAAGAUGUGGCGGCUGCCGCAGGAGGAGGUCGACUGGAUCCUCGCCCAGUCGAACGAACCUGUCUGUUCCGAGUCCCGAGCGCUCAAGCGUGCCAACCCGUCGCUGGUGCCGUCGCCGGAGGAGGAGAAGGGCGACUUCACGGUGCUUCUCUACGAGUGUGCCAGAGUCUGCUACGAGGAGGAAGAGAAGUUCGCGAAAUUCCAGGCAUGGGUCCGCUGCGAGUACGCCUCCAAAGGAUUCGUGGAGGUCGACUACGACUACUUCGGUGAAAGAGCCGAGGUAUUUAGGCUGAGCGACGAAGCACGCGACGAGGCGUUCAAAGACUGGGAUCUCUCUUCAGACAGCGAGGACGACGAGGCUUGCAAGCUUGUGAAGAGGAAAGUUAGGAGCUUUUUCUGAAACAAAACGUUGUAUGAUUGAUUUAUGCUCAGAGAUCAUGGUUGUGCUUGUGGCUUGUCACGGCAUCAGAGUUCCUCUUGUGAUCUUGGUUCACCAAUUCAAUAAAUGAAUGCAAUUUUCAGAUUCAACAAAAAGAAAAGAAAA